AGGAGAUAUUUCUGCCUUGAAAACUUCUGCCUGUUGUUUACACUCACGUGGCCAUCAAGAAACGGACGUACUACGUAGUACAGGACGUUGAAGUGCCCCACCAAACACCACGGGUGGAGACGAAUCCCGCUCAUCCCCCUCACGGAUAGCUUCCCAAUCAUAGUUUUCUCAUUAAGACGGACUCUUCUUCUACAUCAUCACCUACCACGAACUUCAGGUCUGAUUCCAGAGCAAUAAGGCUCAGCUUCAAGCGUUUACCUUACCGGUUCGAACCACUACACCAGAUCCGAGAACAAGAUGAGUGGAGAGUUUACCGCCUUCUUUUAUGGAACACUAAUGGCCCCCGAGGUCUUCUUCAGUGUCUGCUACGGAGACAAGAACCCUCCUCAAGCCAUCAAAGACAUGCACACCUUUACGCCAGCCAUAUUGGAUGGAUACUGUCGCCAUCGCGUCCAGUACGCCGACUAUCCUGGCAUCAUCGCCGAGGAGGGGCACACAGUUUUGGGCAUCUACGCCACGGGGCUGACUGACGCCAACAUCGAGAAGCUCGACUACUUUGAGGGUUCAGACUAUAACAGAGAGAAUGUCAAGGUCAAGCUUGUGAAAAAGGAUGGCGACACUACCAGUGGUGAUGAGCACAAAGAGACGUCGGUAUACGUCUUCAACCAGCCCGAUUGUCUGGAGAAGAAGGAAUGGGACUAUGCCGAGUUCCGCGCCGAGAAGAUGGCCUACUGGACUCGGGGUGAGUGGAAAUCGGAUCAAGACCCCGAGGAUAAGGCCAUCGUUGACAAUUCCGUUUGACCAACUCUCCAAGCGCCGGCUCCGGAUGAGUCAGUUGCCGAUAUGACCGCAUGAAAGAAAGCCGUCUUGGGUUGGCAGUGAGGGGUGUUUAAAUGUCAACGACGCCAAUAGAGCGGAUAAAAGGCAAAAGUUUCAAGUGCCAGCUGCCACGCAGAGUAGAUAGAUAUGAAAGACUUUUUUAUGUCACCGCAAGCCCCAACAGUUUCCAAUCGUGCGCGUGCCAACCAUCUGUCAAAGAAU